AUGUCCGGGAAGGAGCGCAGCCCCCGCCAUCGGCCGUGGUCGGUCUACCGGGCCAACACGUUUGAUCUCUCAGCUGAGAUGAUGGGGUUGGCCCUCUCGGGCAACAGUCAGGAUCCAGACGAGCCUGUACUGGAGUUUAGUGUUGCCUGCAGUGAACUGGUUACGCCGUCUCUGGAUCGGAAGCCAACCAGCUUUGUCGCCGUCAGCUGCACCACGCCGCCCCAGGCCUUCUGGACCAAGCAUGCUCAGACUGAAAUCAUUGAGGGAACCAGUAACCCCAUCUUCCUGAGCAGUAUAGCUUUCUUUCAGGACUCUCUGAUCACUCAGCAGACUCAGGUCAAGCUUUCUGUCUACGAUGUGAAGGACCGCUCACAGGGCACGAUGUACAUGCUUGGUUCGGCCAUGUUUUCCGUGAAGGAGCUGCUGCAGGACAAACACCACAGACUGCACCUGACUCUCAGGUCAGCCGAGAAUGAGCGUGUGGGCAACAUCACCGUCAUUGCCUGGCAGAUAGAGGAGAAGCGUGAGCAGAGAGCUCCUGUUGCAAGACUACAGAGAGGAGACACUGUUAAUGGAAGAAUGGUUCUCCCUGUUGAUGAAAGCCUGACUGAAUCCAUGGGUAUUAAAUCCAAGUCUUCAUCUCUGUGUAAAGACCCACUACUAAAGGCUGUGUUUGGUGGUGUCAUGUCGCGGACGUACCGUUUCCCCACCACGGAUGGCAACCACCUACGUAUUCUGGAGCAGAUGGCAGAGAGCGUGCUCUCCCUGCACAUUCCUCGACAGUUUGUCAAACUGCUGCUGGAGGAAGAUGCCGUCAGGGUGUGUGAGCUGGAAGAGCUGGGUGAGCUGUCUCCAUGUUGGGAAAACCUCCGGAGGCAGAUUAUCACUCAGUACCAGACCAUCAUCCUCACCUACCAGGAGACCAUAAGUGACCUGCAUGAAUAUAAAGGCCCUUCAUUUAAGUCAAGCACCUUGAAAGCUGAGAGGAAGUUGGAGUUCAUUCCCACUAACCUGCACAUCCAGAGGAUGAGAGUACAGGGAGAGUCUGGUUAUGACCGGACAUAUGAUGUUGUGACUAUUGGUGCUCCGGCAGCACAUCAUCAGGGCUUUAAAGGCUGCGGCCUCCGUAAACUGCUACACAAGCUUGAGGAAGCCAGGAAACACACUUAUGAGGAGGAGAGCUCUUCUGGCUCUGCCUCAAAGACGAUGGCAUACCAGCCUCAGGAUAUCGUGAAAGCAAAGGAGCUGAUUGGUCAUAUUAACACUCUUAAGACGCAAGUGUGUUACUACACUGAACGUCUGUCACGAGCGGCGAAGGAACGCUCAGCCAACGCUCUGGAGAGAACCCUGGCCAUCCUAACAGAGAAGACUCGUCAGUUGGUGACCGUGUGCGACUCCAAGGUCCUGUCCUCGGCCAUCCUCUCCCUGGCAGCUGCCCGCCCAGUGUUCGCUCAGCAAGGCACCCCGUCCCCGUCCUCCUCCUCCCUCUCACCCUCCUCUCGCUCCCCCUCCCGCUCCCCGUCUCGUCACCCCACUUCUCCAUCUCGCGCUACCACCUCGCCCUCCCGCCACGCAGCUCCUCCAGAGUCCAGCGAAGGGAGUAAAAACAAGCGGGCCUCCUUGCAGGCAGAUUUGCACGAGGAGGAGUGGGAGAAGGACUGGUUAAAUGUUGAUAAGAGCCUGGAGUGUGUGAUCCAGAGGGUGGACAGGCUGCUGCUGCGAGACAGUCUUCAGAGCGACAGUAGCUCUGAGGAUGUCUUCCUGCUCACCAAUGAGAAGCCAAGUAACACCAAGAAAGAUAGCAGCCCAGAAGUAGAAAAGACAUCCCCAGGUGAGUGGAGCGACGCCCUGUAUCCUCUCCUCACCACACUGACAGACUGUGUGUCUCUGAUGAGUGACAAAGCCAAGAAAGCCAUGGUGUUUCUACUGAUGCAGGACAGCGCCCCCACCAUCGCCAUGAGCCUCACCCUGCAGUACCGCCGCGAUGUUGUCUUCUGCCAGACGCUGACGGCUCUGAUCUGCGGCUUCAUUCUCAAGCUGAGGAACUGUCUGUGUGACUCAGGCUUCCUCAGGCAGCUACACACCAUCGGCUUACUGGUGCAGUAUGAGGGCCUGCUAAGCACCUAUGGGGAGGAACUGGCCAUGUUAGAGGACAUGAGCGUCGGAGUGAUGGACCUGAGAAAUGUCACCUUCAAAGUUACCCAAGCAACUUCGGGUUUCGCCCCGGACAUGCUGCCGGUGAUCACAGGAAACAGGAACGGCUUCAACGUCAGGGUUCCAAUGCCUGGAUCGAUGUUUGACACACUGCCACGAGAGAUCCAGAACGGGAUGCUGCUGCGUGUGCAGCCCGUCCUGUUCAACGUGGGGAUAAACGAACAGCAGACGCUGGCUGAGAAAUUUGGAGAUACCUCCCUACAAGAAGUCAUCAACAUGGAGAGCAUGACUCGCCUCAGCUCAUACUAUGACCAGUUUAAAGAAGUCCUGCCAGAAGACUGCCUCCCUCGCUCCCGCAGCACCACCAGUCUGUCUGAGCUGCUCAAACUGCUGAGCCAGAAUGUGAAUGCCAAGAAAAGCAAGAACGUGGAGAUUUUGUGGCAGGCAGCUGAGGUAUGUCGCCGCUUGAAUGGAGUGCGUUUCACCAGCUGUAAGAGUGCCAAGGACCGCACAGCCAUGUCUCUAACCCUGGAGCAGUGUCAGAUCCUGCAGCAGGAGCAUGCCCUGGCCCCACAGGUCUUCUACCAGGCUUUGGACUGUAUGCGCAGCGAGGGCUGCAGGAGAGAGAACACCAUGAAGAAUGUGGGAUGUCGUAAAUACGCCUUUAACUCUCUCCAGCUCAAGGCCUUUCCAAAACAAUAUCGCCCUCCAGAGGGGACAUACGGGAAAGUCGAGACCUAAAUGGACACUUCUUUCUGGAGGAAACCAAAAGACUGAAGGGGAUAAUGAUGAUGGCACCAAGCAAAGAAAAAUACGAACACAAACUGUAACAACAGCCCUUUGUUUUGUGCUUAGUCACUGUUAAGAUUAUUAAUGUCCAAGUGCCAGUGCUACUGUAGAUUGUUUUAUCGCAGUUCCCUCUCUUUUCUCAGUAGUACUAGAAUGACACAGGUUUCACAGCCAAUUCACACACAACAACAGUAAAGAUAUAGCUUUCUGUGUUACAUCAUAGCCAGUGUGCAGACACCACUGUGAGCUGCUGUACCAGCAGCAGCAGCAGGAGGCAUACAGCCACUAUGGAUUUGAGUCAUUUUAACCUCCUUAGACGUAAGAUGUGAAAAUGUCUCAGCCUUUAGAAAGAUGAAGUGGGUUGAAGGUAGACAUAUCCAUACAUGUGCAAGCUGCUUUUAUUUAAAGUUAUUAAUCAGUCAGUUACAGGAUAAGGCAAGUGACAGUCUGUAUUUUUCUUACUGUCAACAAAUCCUGUGCAGAGACCAAAACCAGCAAUGAAUUUAUCCAACUAACAAGAAUUUUCUAUCUAUCCAAAGCCUGAUAUAUCUUACUAAUCUGAUGCCAUAGAGUCGUAUUGUUGUCCACAGCCUAUUAAAAACACAUCAGUGAGCUACAUUGUCGCAAUGGCUAACAUGUUCCUUCGUCACAGUGAAUGUGGGCACUGUGGCUUUGAGCCAAUCCCAUGUACGCCAUCCUACUGCUAG